AAAAUGUGCCCGUGGAGAACAUACGAUCUAUGACUGACUUCCUUACUCGGCGAAUUAUGAGAUCUGUAAAGGAUUUGAAACGUUUUGAGACAAUGUAUGGCCUCGAUGAUCCCUUCUCGUUUUGUCCUGUAACUUACUAGAGAGAUUAUUAACAUUAAACCAAAUUCCAUCUCCGAUCACCAGAUUAUUCAGAUGUUUUAACAAUUACUAGGGAACCAAGAUGAGUAGUGUUGCGGUUGCAGUUCAAAUUGAUAAAAUUUGGGUAUCACAGGGACUGAGCAGGUACAAUCCACACAUUAUCCUCAGGUCAAGUAGAAUGAGAGUCAGUCUCUCAGCCAGAGCAGAAAUUAGCUCUGUCCAAUUGUUAAUUGAUCAAAAUGCUGAUUUGAAAAAAAUGCCCUCAAAGAGAAGGAAGGCGAGGGUGUUGUACCUGCUCAAGCAAGGGAUUUCUCCUUUCAAAAUCCUUAAAGACUCAGAAGGCAGGGACCCGAUACAGUACUGGGCAGUAGCACACUAUCUUAUGGAUCAUAAUCUCAUAAAAGAUGCGUUGAAGGUCUUUAAAUGGUGGAGAAACCAGAUUGGCUACAAGGCAAGGGAACAGCAAUACAUUCCAUUUAUAGACAUGUUGCGUAAAGAAAGAAUGCCUAUUCUAGCACAGAAUCUUUUUAAUGAAAUGAAAUAUGAAGGUAUUCAACCCGGCCUCUCUACCAUGUCAAUUUUAAUGUUAUGCUAUGCAGAAAGUGGGGUUUUCAAUCAGGCUCAGGUAAUAUGGAAUGAGAUUGCAAAAUGUGGCUUCCAACCAGAUACUGCUACAUGUACAGAGAUGAUCCAUGCCUAUGGGAGGAUGGGGCUUCUUGAUGAAGUAGCUAAGAUCUUCAAAGACAUGAAAUCUAUGGGUUGUUUUCUAGAUGCUAGAGUUUAUACAGAAUUGAUGACUUGCUAUGCCAAGGGGACACAGCUUGGGAUGAUGGAAAAUGUCUUGGAAGAAAUGCUGUCAACAGAAUUCCAGGUGGAUUCAUCAACUGCCAAUGUUAUUAUACAGUCUUAUAGUUUUGCUGGUUCAUUAACUAAGAUGGAAGAAACUUACAGGCGCUUGAAAGCAUGUGGAAUCUUUAUAGAGGAACAGACCAUCAGGGCAAUAGCCUCUGCAUAUAUCAAGAAUGAAAAUUUUUAUCAGUUAGGAGAGUUUGUGAGAGAUGUGGGCCUAAGAAGGAGGUCUGCUGGCAAUCUUUUAUGGAACAUGCUUUUGCUGUCAUAUGCUGCUAAUUUUAAAAUGAGAAGUCUUCAAUCAGAAUUUUUAAAUAUGCUUGAGGCUGGUUUUCAGCCUGACCUGACAACCUUCAACAUCCGUGCUCUAGCCUUUUCUAGAAUGCAGAUGUUUUGGGAUCUGCACAUAACUGUCCUUCAUAUGAGACAUAUGAAUACUGCUCCUGAUAUUGUGACAUUUGGUGCAAUUGUUGAUGCCUACUUGGGAGGCAGGAAGGUCAAGAAGCUCUCUUAUGCACUUGGUGAAAUUGAGAUGAAUAACCUUUAUCCCACUGAGUUGACUGACCCAUUAGUUUAUGAAGCAUUUGGCAAAGGAGAUUUUCAUGCCAGUUCCGAAAAUCUGGUGCAACACUGGGAUCAAAAGUACCCAGGAAAAUGCACAUAUUCUAAAUUACUAAGUAUUUACCUGAAAAAGUACUUCAGGAAAGGCCAGCUUAUUUGGAAUUAUUAAGACAUGAGACAGUUGAUGCAUAUUUGACAUGUGUAUAUGGAUUUGGAAGUGCUUCAAUAUCAAUAUGAUCAUGGGGAUGCCCUUUCACUCCUGAUUUUCUGUCUCCAUUAAUCUGGUUUUUAGUGCAUUCCAUUUCCUCUGUGUUCACAGAACGAUUCUAUUUCUAUGCCAUCCCCUUAAUGUCUGCCAUAGAAAAUCUGGAUUGUAUGCUGUCCUCUCAAUCUUUGCCAUAGAAAAUAUCUUUGGGCCAAUGCUAUGGAAGUGUAUUAUUGAAAUUUGAAGGGAUUGCUACAUAAAUUAUUGCACAACUGGAAGCCAUUGCUGGUUUUAUGCUGGAGAUUAGUUACAGUGAGCCAAGUAUUGAUGACUUGUCCUUUUGUUUGUCAUACUGACUCGUGUGUUGGCGUUUAAUCUUACCUCACAUCAUCCUAAUGGCAUAUGAAAUUCAACUCGUUGAGAACAAUGGGGCAAAAGGUGGCAAAAUUAAGCUCUGUACCAAUUGAGUAACAUCUCCUUGAAUUUUGGAUUUGGAUUAAGGGGAAAAUAAAAUCAUUCUAUCCGAGCCAUAUUAUGGGGCAUAUUAUAGAAAUUUGUCAUUCUACAUGGAUCAGCUAGAACACAAACAUAAGAUCUAUGUGUGUGUUAGGGUGCUCUACACUACAGCUACUGGCCCUUCACAGUUCCUGGUUCCUUUUCGGUUUGGAGUGUGGUUCAUUCUCUUCUAGCAUUCCCUGUAAUCAUAUUUUAAGCCAUAUUUUUGGGGUUAGCUUCUCAACUUGGAAGGUGGUUUGUUUUUUUCCUACAAUAAUUAGAAGAUAAACAUUGUCAAAGCACAUGUUAUUUGGGUUGGGUUAUAGAGCUAUGUACAAGCAAACUCUUGUAAGCAGGCCAUGGAGUAUGUGCAAUGCCUAUUUGGAUUGAAGUCUUCAAUGCUUCUGCAUUAUAUGAUUCAUAAGCUAAUCAAUUUGGAAAUACCUGAUUUUAA